AUGGCUUUACGUGCUCAGUUUGAGAGUUCUAGCGAAAUUGGUGUUUUUGGGAAAUUGACAAAUAGUUAUGCCUUGACAGCAAUUGGAAGUUCAGAGAACUUUCAUAGUAUUAUAGAGAGUGAGCUUGGAGAUAUUAUACCUGUAUGUCAUUCUAGUAUUUCAGGGGCCCGUAUUAUUGGUAGGAUGACUGCUGGAAAUUGUAGAGGUCUUCUGGUUCCAUCUACAACAACUGAUCAAGAGCUUAUGCAUCUUCGAAAUUCUUUACCAGACUCUGUUAAAAUUCAGAGUAUCAAUGAACGUUUAUCUGCUCUCGGAAAUGUUAUUGCAUGCAAUGAUUAUGUAGCUUUAGUACAUCCUGAUAUUGAGAGAGAAACAGAAGAAAUUAUUGCAGAUGUACUUGGAGUGGAAGUUUUUCGACAAACUAUUGCGGGAAAUGUUCUUGUUGGAACUUAUUGUGCGUUAAGUAAUCAGGGGGCUUUGGUACAUCCUAAAACUACUAUUGCUGAGCAGGAUGAACUUUCGUCUCUUCUUCAGGUUCCAUUAAUAGCAGGAAGUGUAAAUAGAGGUUCUGAUCUUGUUGGCGCUGGUGUUAUUGUUAAUGAUUGGAUUGCAUUUGCUGGAUUUGAUACGACAGCAAUAGAAUUGUCAGCUAUUGAAAGUAUAUUUAAACUACAUGAUGCACAAACAGCUACGGCAAUUACGGGCAUAAGAAAUGCAACGAUCGAAACAUAUUCAUAG